UGCUGAUUAUUUUUGAAUUCUCGCUCAUAGAGCUCCAGAGCACUUUAUAAGUUUGGUAGACUUGUAACUCUUGUUAUAUCUUUUAAGGUGUGAUAAGGAUUGCUUCAGUCAGUGGAAUAGGACAGCGUUAGAUGUUUUGAGAUAGUUUAGUGUGUGUAGUCAUGGGUAAAAAGAAAUCCUCAAAGACCAAAGACUUAUCUGUGGGUUCUGCUACCGCCAGCGAACCUUCUGAGGAACCUGCAAAGGAAAAGAGCCCCGUGGACAGCUCAAUCGAUGCUAUAGUUGCGACCCCCAGUGAAGUCGAUUUGGAUGGUGACAAUGGCUCGGGGGAUGCCACUUUCGCUGCACUGGGGAUUAUUGAUGUCUUCUGCGAAGCCUGUGAAAGACUGGGCUGGAAAUCUCCUACGAAAAUUCAGCAGGAAGCUCUUCCCUUGGCAUUAGCGGGGCGUGAUAUUAUUGGACUGGCGGAGACUGGAUCCGGAAAAACUGGUGCUUUCGCCUUGCCCAUCCUACAGAGUUUAUUGAAUGAUAAGCAGCGAUUAUAUGCGCUUGUUCUGACACCGACAAGAGAGCUCGCAAUCCAGAUCAGCGAACAGUUCGAAGCGCUGGGAGCAGCGAUUGGAGUCCAGUGUGCCGUUAUUGUGGGUGGAAUUGAUAUGGUGUCUCAAGCAGUUACCUUGGCCAAAAAGCCACACAUAAUUAUCGCUACUCCUGGGCGUUUAGUCGAUCAUUUGGAAAAUACCAAAGGCUUCCAUUUGAAGUCGCUUAAAUAUUUGGUCAUGGAUGAAGCUGACCGUAUCCUCAAUAUGGAUUUCGAAACCGAGGUCAACAAAAUUCUGGAGAACGUUCCCCGAGAACGUCGAACUUUCUUAUUUUCGGCCACAAUGACCAGCAAGGUGGCAAAACUGCAGCGCGCAUCUUUGCAAGAUCCAGUAAAAGUUGAAGUCUCAUCCAAAUACCAGACUGUCGAUAAACUUAUCCAGAGUUACAUAUUUAUUCCGAUGAAACACAAAGAUGUCUACCUUGUCCAUAUCCUGAACGAAAUGGCCGGGAACUCGUUUAUGGUUUUUUGUGCCACAUGCAAUACGACGCAAAGAAUAGCCCUGAUGCUGCGUAACCUAGGUCUGAUGGCAAUCCCUCUUCACGGUCAGAUGAGCCAAAACAAACGGCUGGGUUCUCUGAAUAAGUUCAAGGCAAAAAGUCGGUCAAUUCUAAUAGCGACGGAUGUUGCCAGUCGUGGCCUGGAUAUCCCUCAUGUCGAUGUUGUUAUUAAUUACGAUAUUCCUACUCAUUCCAAGGAUUAUAUCCAUAGAGUGGGUAGGACGGCGCGUGCCGGGCGUGCUGGGAAAGCUAUCACCCUUGUGACCCAGUAUGACGUGGAACUGUACCAGCGAAUUGAAUACCUUUUGGGAAAGAAACUUCCCUUAUACGAAACGACCGAAGAGGAAGUGAUGAUUUUGGCCGAACGUGUCGCACAAGCUCAACGCCAUGCCCGACAGGAAAUGAAAGAAAUGGAUGACAAGAAGAAAUUUGGAAGGAAAAGAGGGCACGAUGAUGAAGCAGGGGAUACGGAGGAAUCUCUUGGUGUUCAGCGCAAAAUCAAAAGGAAACUUGGUGCUGCUAAGACUAAAAGAAAGAAAUUCUAGAAUGAUCUGGAUGAUUUUUGUGUCUGUAACCAAACAAAGCCGGAAAUUUUUGUGGUUUGAAGCUUGUUGGAUUAGUGGUUAUACCACACCGUUAAACAAAGUCGAAGCUAGCAAGUCUCAGCGCGAUCAGUCUGUUACUAUGGCACAGUUUAAUU